AGAAGAGCUGCAAAGGAUCCCGGAAAGGCUGGGAAGCGGCGCGUCUCCUCUAGGGUCAUUAUGGAAACCGUGCCGAGGCGAGUCCAGUUGGCUUUCCUUGUGUUGCCACUGGUGGUGUUUGGGGCUCCCAGGGAUGAGUCCGGCCCCCAACCGUUCACAGCAACCCUGAAUGGCUGCAGGCGUUGCUGUGACUCAUUGGAUGCCCCCGGCUCCUCGGAGACCAGUCCCGGCACAAGCAGCCCUCGCUUUGUACCGUAUGUAAUGCCAGAGGUCCGUCCGUAUAUCAACCUCACCAUUCUGAAGGGAGACAAAGGAGAUCAAGGAGAGCCUGGAAUCCCUGGGAAAUGGGGCAAAGAAGGACCCCCCGGUGAACGGGGAGCUCAGGGCCCGAAGGGGAACAAGGGACAGAUGGGUGCCCCAGGGGAUCCUUGUAAGCACCAGUAUGCCGCCUUCUCUGUGGGCCGUAAGAAGGCCCUUCACAGCAGUGAGGGGUACCAGGCCUUGAUCUUCGACACCGUCUUUGUGAAUCUCUACAGCCACUUUGACAUGUUCAAGGGCAAGUUCUACUGCUACGUGGCUGGCCUCUACUUCUUCAGCCUCAACGUCCACACCUGGAAUUUCAAGGAGACCUACAUGCAUGUCAUGCGCAACGACCAGGAGGAAGUCAUCCUUUAUGCCCAGCCCAGCGACCGCAGCAUCAUGCAGAGCCAGAGCCUGAUGCUGGAGCUGCGGGAGAACGACGAGGUCUGGGUGCGUCUCUACAAGCGGGAGCGCGACAAUGCCAUCUACAGCGACGACGUGGACAUCUACAUCACUUUCAGCGGCUACCUGAUUAAGCCCAGCCUCGAGUAA